UGGGUAUAAAAUCUAAUUGCUUAGAUCGAUCGAGAUGGAUGGUCCAGAGUAUGAUGAUGUUGAUAAUGGUCACAGUCAUAGAGUAGAGAUGUCAGGAGCUGUAAGAGAUAUUGGUGAAGAAGAUGACAUUGGUGAACGCCCAAAGAAAUCACUUUUUGCGGAGAGAUCAAUUUCACAGUCCUAUUCAAUUCGCCAUCCCAAGAAAAAGGUUGUUGGGAAGUUGGGAACUUUGUGGAUGGCUUAUGAAACGCUUGGAGUUAUUUAUGGAGAUGUUGGAACUUCGCCCCUUUAUACCUUCGCUGCUAUUGAUAUUGAAAAUCCAGGGGAAGUUGACUUUUUAGGAUAUCUUAGCAUUAUCUUCUGGUCACUAACACUUGUCAGCCUCAUCAAGUAUGUUCUGAUUGUUAUCAGAGCGGAUGAUCACGGAGAAGGAGGAACAUUUGCUCUAUAUUCACUGUUAUGUCAGCAUGUCAAUAUGGGACAAAAAACUGGCAACCAAUUCCGACGGUUUUCUUCAGAUUCUAGUUUGACCCAUUUUGGAAGACGAAAUAAACUGGGCAAUUAUAUCAACUACAAGACAAAGGAAAUGCUUGAGAAGAGUGCAGUGGCACAGAGAAUUCUGCUUACUUUUGUGAUGAUCGGCACCUGCAUGGUGAUUGGCGAUGGAGCACUCACUCCAGCAAUUUCAGUGCUAUCCGCCGUCCAAGGGAUUCAGCAACAGAACUCUAAACUAACCAAAGGUGCUGUUGUGGGUGUGUCAGCUGCAAUUCUUCUACUUCUCUUUCUUCUUCAAAGAUAUGGAACUGGCAAAGUUAGUUUUCUUUUCUCCCCUGUUGCAAUUGUCUGGUUCGUUACCAAUGCCAUUGUUGGAGUAUUCAACAUUAUUAAAUAUUACCCGGGAGUAUUCAAGGCACUCAGCCCUCAUUACAUAGUCCGUUUCUUUCAAAAAAACGGUAAACAUGGAUGGGUGUUGCUUGGAGGCACUGUCCUGGCUAUAACAGGAUCUGAGGCUAUGUUUGCUGACUUGGGCCACUUCAAUAAGUCUUCCAUCCAGAUUGCUUUCUCUUGUCUGGUCUAUCCUGCUCUGAUCCUGACAUAUUCGGGGCAAGCAGCUUAUUUGAUCAAGAAUCCACAAGACAUAAGUAAAACAUACUACAAAUCAAUCCCACACGGUGUGUAUUGGCCAAUGUUUGUUAUUGCCACACUAGCGGCCAUAGUUGCCAGUCAGGCCUUGAUUUCGGCAACCUUUUCAAUUGUAAAACAAUCUAUGGCUCUUGGUUGCUUCCCUCGGGUGAACCUUGUUCAUACAUCAAAAAGCAAUGAGGGUCGGAUCUACUCUCCAGAGAUCAACUACACACUAAUGAUUCUCUGCCUUGCAGUACUCUUAGGUUUCAGAGAUGGUACUGCGAUUGGAAAUGCCUAUGGUGUCGCUGUGAUCACUGUGAUGCUUAUUACGACAGGCUUGGUCACCGUGGUCAUGCUAGUAGUUUGGAACUUACAUAUAUCACUAAUAAUACCCUUCUUUAUAGUCUAUUUUGUGAUAGAAGGUAUUUAUCUGUCAUCUGUGUUGAAUAAGGUCCCCCAGGGUGGUUGGGCUCCCUUUGUAAUUUCGGCAUUCUUUCUGAUCAUAAUGUUCUCAUGGAACUAUGGACGGAAUAAGAAGUAUGCAUAUUCAAUGGAGAAAAAACUAAGUCCAGAGGAGAUGAAUGAAUUGGUUGCCAAUGUGGGGUGCAGAGUUCCAGGAGUGUCUUUCUUGUGCAGUGACCUCCUCUAUGGUAUGCCACCAAUUUUGAGGCAUUAUGUGAAUACUGUGGGUUCUCUUCAUGACAUUCUCAUUGUUCUCACCAUAAGAAUGGUUCCUGUCAAGAGUGUUCUGUUAGAAGAGAGAUUUCUGGUUGGGCGACUUGGACCCAAGGGUGUGUACAGAUGCCUGGCUCAAUAUGGGUACUUGGAUGUCCCAAGUUUGGAAGGAGAUGAAUUUGUCAACCAGGUUAUUGAAAACAUAAAAGACUAUAUCAAGACCUCUACCAGAGAAGGCCAGAAUUAUUCAGGUGUUAUUCAAAACAAUGGAAGAACUCUAGUGGCAGAAAACAACUUGUCUUCAGUUGAGGAAGUGCAGCAGCUUGAAUCGGCAAAGAAUGUGGGGGCAGUGUUUGUUUUAGGGAAAACUACAAUGAAAACCAGUGAGAAUACUGGAAAAUUUGAGAGAUUCAUGAUUGAUAACUUAUAUGGACUUCUUCAAAGGAAUUGCAGGUCAUCUAUGUCCACCUUGCACGUACCACCUGCACGGCUGCUUCAAGUUGGGAUGGUCUAUGAAAUCUAAUGUUUAUAAGCACCCUAACAAUAAAUAAGUCGAGGCAGAAGCUUAUUAGGGUACGGAGUGCUUUCGUCCUUUAUCGUCUUAACAGGUCUUGGAAUCCUUUUAUCUACAGUUGGUAAAUUGUAAGGGCUUUACUAUUUUACAUGUAAAA